CUUCAAUGUUGCCAUAACAACGACUUUGGCGGAUUUCAUUGAAAGGUGUUUAUUCCAGAUGUAAGGCACGAGGAAUUUGCUCCAAGUCUUUACUAAACAGCAACUAAUGGAUCAAGUUAGGCCAGCCCCAUUUGAGUCGGGUUAUCAUCACCAUAAAACUCAGUGGUUUCAUAAUGGAAAGAUAAUUGGUGGUACAUCAGGAUCAGGGCUUGUGUACGGGUCAGACCAAAGAGAAAAAAGUAGCUCUUCUGUUUUCCCACUAGAGCCUCAAAAGGCAAAUCCUAUAGCAAUGCAGGACACAUACAGACCAUCAAGCAAGAAUUAUCAUCUAAAAAAUGCCCACAACCAAGGUUAUGAAUUAGGGCUUACCUCUUCAUUUGAAACAAGGACAUCCAAUGAUAAAUACACCAAGAGACAACAUUUCAUUAGAGGAAAGGUACCAGGUGGAUCAGCAAGUAAUAAGUUGAUUUACGGCACAGAUGAAGUCCUUCGUCAAGCAAAUAUGAGAGAUGGUAAUAAUCCAUCUGGGUUUCUUUAUGGAACAGAAGCAGCAACAAAGGUUGGAAAGCCAUCUCCUGGACCUCGACCAAAUAAUGUUCUGUGGUUGGAGGAGAGAACUGAAAAAGAAACCUUCAAAAACAAAAAGUUAGCAACGACUCAAGAUGAAUUUUUAGCAAGACAUAUGGAGGAGAAAACAAGAAAGCGACAAGCAGAACUGGAAGAGAAGAGAAGGGAUUUACAAGAUCUAAAGAACUAUGACCCUUGGGGACGACCAGGAGGAGGUGCCCCUAUUAUGCCUGAGGUAACAACCAUCAGUUCACUUCAUGUGUCUGGCACAGAUGAAAAGCCUGAGACAAAAAGAACAAAAAGUAUCAAGAACCUUGUUCAAGAGCCUUAUCAGCCAUUUGGAGGACGCCAAGGUGGGGGAGGAGCUCCAAACAGAACAGAAUCAGGGCAUGUUGCUGCAGGAUUCCGUGCUGAUCCUGAACUGAGAUUUCCAAGGCAUGCAUCCAAAGCUAACGUUGAUCCAAACCUGAGAUAUGCAGGAAGAGAUGAACGAUAUAGGCAAGACCUAGACUCAAUGAUUGAAGGUUCAAGAAAUAUGAAGACUCUUCAACGGGAAAAGAGCAAAGAGGAUGAACUUCAGCAUUUGAAGACAGAUCCAUUUGGAAGAGAAGGAGCUGGUGCUCCACGCAAAACAGGCUCAGGAACUGUUAAGGCUGCUUAUCCUACGACGCUGUCAAAAGAUAUUGAAGAACUUCGAAAAGGGCAACGCAGGAAUCCAUUAACCCUUGACUUGAAUGAGACAGAUGAUCGAAAUCCUCAGUAUAAUCCCUGGGGUCGCGGUCAUGGAAACCCCCCACAAUUUGAUAGACAAGGACGAAUGAUUAAGCCUGUGCGCGAGAAGGAAGAGAAUGAAUUGGAAGGUAUUGGUAUUGAAGCUAACCGUCCGGGAGGCGGGGCCCCUAAUGUCGACAAGGGAGGAAAACUGAAAACAAGGAAAGCACAAACACUGACUAAGACUUCUAGUGGUCAAACAAUGCAACGCGAUUUCAGCCCCUUGAACCAGCGUAACGUUUAUGACCCCUGGGGAAGAUCUGGUGCGGGAGCUCCCAUUAAGAACUCGGAUGGACAAAUUCAAACUCGAACAGCAGGCCGGGUUACUCAUGACUCAAGUUCGAUGUCUCUAAGUGGCAAGAAAGACCCGCAAGCCAAGCAGGAACUUCUUACUACUUUACAGAAAAUGUCCGAGGAGAGUAGAAGCAGGCGCAAAGCUGAACAUGAAGACUUGCUAACUAGUGAAAAGGACGUUGCCUCUUGGUUGCGAUCGGGUGUGGUCGGUCAGCCAAGUUAUAAUCCUACUACCAAGGAGAUUAUUGCUCAAAAGAAACAGACUUCAGACGUCACAUCACAGGUUUUAAAUAUAAGAAGACAGAAAAAUGAAAAAAGCCGUGAAUAUCACACUGACUUGGAAGCUCAAGCGCGGGAGAGGUAUCAGAAUCGUAAACAGAGUGAAGAUCAACAGAGAAUCAAGUCGGUAGAGCAUUUGAAGACUAUGGACAGGAUGUGGGGAAGGCCUGGGGCGGGAGCCCCUCUCGGACGAGAACACUUGGAUUUUGCCCGAAAACAAAAACUUGGUCUUGUUCCUGCUGACUCGUCUUACACCUAUAGAGACGCCUAGACGUUCGUCAAACACCCAAGUGUUUAUUCAAAACAACAAUAAACUUUGGUCUUGAAGAGGGAAAAAGGCAGCAAAUAAGUUAGACUAAUGUGCUCAUAUGUGAUAUUUUAUUUUCAUUAACAGUGUUUGUAUGUACAGGAACUAUAUUUUUGUUAAAUCUGUGCAUAUUUUUUUUGUAUUUUAAUUGGAAUCCGAUCAAUUGCGCUACACAGCUUACAAUGUAACUUAUUGUAUUUAUUAAUUUACUCGCAAUCAUUGAUAUAUCGUACUAACGUAUCACAAAAGCGUUGGUUUGUCAGGAUAAUAAAUAAAGCACCGAAUAUAGGGGCAAUAAAGUGUCAUUCCUCUUGGAUGCUGAGAUAGAUUAUUGUAAAACGUGUCAUAGUGAAAAGAUCAUGACCAUUGUGAAAUAAACUGUCCAUAUGCCA